AUGUUUAAUGAAGAAAAUCUAUUGAAAUUAUUUGAAUAUUUAACUUUAAUAACAUUAUAUUUAUAUGAAUUUAUUGAUAUAUUUUCUAUUCUUCAAUAUACACCAAAUUUAAUAUAUUUAAACGUUAAAACAACAUUAAGUGAUAGUCAUAAAAUACAAAAUAAAUGUAUUAAUAUAAUUAGUAUUAAAUUAAAACAAUUAUAUUUAACAUUAUAUUAUGAAACAUUCUAUAUGAUUGGAAAAUGUUGA